AUGCCAGUCCCCCCGUGUCGUUGCCCCUCAGGCCUGCUGGCCGCCUUCGUGCUGCAGCUGGGCUGCACGGUGCUCCUGGGCCGCCUGGCCUCCGCCUGGACGGCCCAGGGCAGCGCGCGAGAGCUGGCGCGGUCACUCGGGCUGCUGCCAGAGUCGCUGCCUGAGCAGCUCCUCGCCGCGUUCAUCUGGUUGCAGUGCUCCGUGGUGCUCGCCGCCGUGGUCUGCAACGUGGCCCUGCACGUGCGCCUCCGGCGGCAGCUGCUGGCGCUGCCCCGCGAGGUCUUCUUCGGGCAGCGGCCCCCGCCGGCCAGCUACGGGGGGCCCGACCUGGAGGACCUGAGAAGCAUGGGGCGGUCCACGCUGGUCUACGGGAUGUACUUUCCUGGCAUCCUGUUCUGGAACUUUUUCUACGGCUCCUGCGUGCUAGUUGUGAUCACGCUGUUCCUCGUGGGCUCGUUGGUAGUCGUCCUGCAGCCGGCAGACCACAGGUCCUCCUUCGCCGCCAGCGUGUGGCCCUGGCUCAUGAACCUUGCGUUCUUCUGCUCCGUGCUCCUGGCCCACUUCGCCACCCGGCUCUUCGUGCAGCGGUGCCUGCUCCACCGCCACGACCGCGGGUUUUUUUUCGUCCUCUAA